AUGGCUCUGGUAGAUAGAUCACCCUCCCACUUGCUCUCCAUGACAGAUGGUUCUCUCAUAUUUCGAUUCUACAGUGUCUACCGUAUCAUCGGCCAUCAAAAGAGAUCCUACGUCCCAUCGAACCGGAAUCCUCUACAUCUCCAGUUGCCGGCUGCGCCUUCCAUCAAUAAUGAGGUGUUUGCACACCAUGUUGUACCAAGAGAACAGAUGGGGAGCAUUGAAGUAUGCAUAGUUACCUUGUUUAUCAUUUGGAUCAGCAGUUGGAUCUACAAAUGGGGAAAUCCAAAAUGCAAUGGGAAAGUCCCUCCAGGUUCCAUGGGCUUCCCUCUCUUGGGGGAGACUCUCUCUUUCUUCUCUUCUUAUACAGCGUCCGAUGUUCAUCCCUUUGUGAAAACGCGCAUGGAGAGAUAUGGGCCCAUCUUUAAAACCUGCUUGGUGGGCCAGCCAUUGAUAGUCUCUACAGACCAGGACUUCAACCAGUUCAUUUUCCAGCAAGAAGGGCGUUUGUUCCAGAGCUGGUGGCCAGAGACCUUCAGAGAGAUCUUAGGGCCCCAGAACAUAGGCUCCAUGCAUGGUUUCUUGCACAAGUAUCUCAAAGGGCUCACCAAGAAACUCUUGGGUGUAGAAACCCUGAAACAGAGUCUACUCCCUGAAGUGGACCAGUUCGCACGUACGACACUCAGCUCAUGGACAACCCAACCCUCUAUAGAAGUCAAAGAAGCCACCUCUGCUAUGAUAUUUGAUCUAACUGCCAAGAGGUUAAUAAGCUACCAUCCAUCGACGUCCUCCGAGAAUUUGAGAGAUAACUUCGUUGCAUUUCUCGAUGGUCUCAUCUCCUUCCCGAUCAACAUUCCUGGCAGCCCUUUCUACAAAUGCAUGCAGGGACGGCAGAAUGCGAUGAGGAUGUUGAAGAAUAUGUUAGAGGAGCGACGUGCUUCGCCUGAGAAAGGCUGUGGAGAUUUCUUCGACUAUGUGAUCGAUGAGUUGAAGAAGGAAGGGAGUGCAUUGUCGGAGGGGAUGGCUCUUGAUAUGAUGUUUGUUAUGCUCUUCGCCAGCUUUGAAACAACUUCCUCUGCUCUAACCGUUGCAAUGAAGCUUCUUACAGACCACCCACAUGUGGUCGAGAAAUUAACGGAGGAGCAUGAAGAGAUUUUGAAGAGGAGGGAAGAUCCAGAUUCCAGAAUCACUUGGGAAGAAUAUAAAUCCAUGACUUUCACUUCUCAGGUUAUUAACGAAGCGGUUAGGCUGGCUAAUAUUGCACCUGGAAUUUUCAGAAAAACUACGGAUGAUGUCAAGAUCAAAGGAUAUACAAUUCCAGCAGGAUGGGCGGUGAUGGUGUGCCCUCCAGCCGUCCACUUAAACCCUGAAACGUUUGUUGAGCCACUCAAAUUCAAUCCAUGGCGAUGGGAGGGCAUGGAUACGAACAGAGGGUCUAAGAAUUUCAUGGCCUUUGGUGGGGGCAUGAGGCUUUGUGUGGGGGCCGAUUUCAGUAGGCUACAAAUGACGGUCUUUCUUCAUCACUUAGUUACCAAAUACAGGUGGAUAGCAGUCAAAGGAGGGGAGACACUGCGAAGUCCAGGCUUAUCAUUUCCCAAUGGUUUUCACAUUCAGCUGUUCCAGAAGCGUAAAUAA